AUGCGCACCGUUCAAUUGCUUGCUGUCAUCGUCGUCCUUUGCUUGGUGGCGGAGUUGGCCAGUGGACAGAUCGUCUCGGUCGGUUCCUGCCCGGAUAAUCCGGUUGUCCUGAAUUUUGAUGUCGCCCGGUAUCUCGGCCUGUGGUACGAAACGCGCCGCUACGAGCAAGUGUUCCAGCAAGAUGGCGCAUGCGUAUCGGCCGAGUACUCUCUGAACGAGGAUAGUAGUGUCCGCGUCUUCAACUCGCUGUUGCUCCCUCCGUCGCAGAUACGCUUGUCCGACGUGGGCCGUGCCGUUGUGGCCUUCCCGGAUGAGACACCGCUUGAGGCCAAGCUAAACGUCACCUUUGCUAUCACAGGUAUGGACCGGGUGGCCGACUACUGGGUGCUAGGAACGGACUACGAUACCUUUGCCGUUGUCUGGAGUUGCUUAGCGGUGGGCCCGACUCUGCGCGCCGAAAGUGCCUGGAUUUUGUCACGAACGCCUCAGUUGCCGACAGCAUCGGCCACCCAAGCGCAACAGUACAUCGAUCUGUAUCUCAACGAGGCGGACCUGCGAACCACCAACCAGGACGAGCAAUUUUGCUGUACGGUCGAUCCCGAAGUGACCGCGUUCCCGCAGUAUAACCCGGUCGUUCUGAAUUUUGACGUCGCCCGAUAUCUCGGCCUGUGGUACGAAAUGCGCCGCUACGAGCUAGUGUUCCAGCAAAAUGGCGAGUGCGUGACGGCCGAGUACUCCCUGAACGACGAUGACAGCGUCCGCGUCUUCAACUCGAUGGUAGUCCCUCCGGCGCAGGUACGCUUUUCCGACGUUGGCCGUGCCGUCUUGGCCUUCCCCGAUGAGUCACCGCUGGAGGCCAAGCUAAACGUCACCUUUGCUGUCACUGGCACGGACCGGGCGGCCGACUACUGGGUGCUAGGAACGGACUACGAUACCUUCGCCGUUGUCUGGAGUUGCUUCAACGUGGGGCCGACUCUGCGCUCCGAAAGUGCCUGGGUUUUGUCUCGAACACCUCAGCUGCCGGCAGCAUCGGCCACCCAAGCGCAGCAGUACAUCGAUCUGUAUCUCAACGAGGCGGACCUGCGAACCACCAACCAGGACGAGCAAUUUUGCUGUACGGUCGAUCCUGAAGUGACCGCGUUCCCGCAGUCUUCGCAAGGUACAUGGAACACCAACGUGAUGGCAUUCAGUGUGACCUUUACGUCUGCCACCUGCAAUGUUCCCAAAAUGUUAUCUCUGCUGCUGUUCGCCAUUUUGGCGCUUCUCAGCACCGCCACCAGUGGGCUGCUUUCGGACUCCGAGUGUCCCCAGAAUGUGACCGUGAAGCAAGGCUUCUCGUUCAAAGAUUACCAGGGUCGCUGGUACGAAAUCAAACGGUACGAGCAGGACUACGAGCAAGGCUUAGACUGUGUGGUGGCCGAGUACCAACAGCAGGCGGACGGUAGCUUCUCCAUUAAGAACGGAGCGUACAACUUGGCCAACAGUAGCGAGGUAGUGGCGACGGGCACCGGGGUCCUGUCGUUUCCGGACGAGCCGGUUCCUCAGGGCAAGCUGAACGUUGCCUUCUUCGGUGCCAAGCCCGAUCGGAGCAACUACUGGGUGGUGGACACGGACUACACGUCCUACUCGCUCGUGUGGUCCUGUGAACCGUACUACAAAGACCCAGCGAAGAAUGUUGUUGGAUUCUGGGUCUACUCCCGCCAGCCGACCUUCUCGAAGGACGAAGCUGUUGUACGGCACGUGGAUGCACUCGUCAAAAAGUACGCCGACGAAACCAAGUUUGAGGUCCCGAACCAUUCGGACGCUAGGUGCCCCCGGCUGUGGAUGGGUUCGGGGCGUUCAGUAGUGAAGAUUUGGGCCUUCACCAAACGGCCCGGCAGUGAAAUGUAUCGGUAUUACCUCUGUUUGCUGGGCGCCCUGAGCGUCGGGCUGGGCUCGGUCCAGGGAACGUUCUUCGAUCGGCCCUGCCGGACGCUGGAGGUCGUGCAGGACUUCCAAGUAGAGAAGUAUCUGGGCCUGUGGUACGACCUGGAGCACUACGAGGCGGCUUUCGAGCAAAACACCGACUGUGUAACGGCCGAGUACAGUCUGCGUGAGGACGGGUCGAUCCGGGUGUUCAACACGGCCAUCCGCCUGUCCGAUGGGCUCCUGUACGCGGUGGACGGUCGGGCGGUCAUCAGCUUCCCGGAGACGGCAGUCCUCCAGGCCAAGCUGAACGUAUCGUUCUACGGAGCACCCAACGAUAGGUCGAACUAUUGGGUGCUGGAUACGGAUUACGAGAACUAUUCGAUGGUCUGGAGCUGCGAGCCCGUCGGCCAAGAUCGAUCGACCGAGUACUUCUGGUUGCUGUCGCGCACGCCAUCCCUGCCGGAGGCCCUACAGGAGCGGAUUUUCACGGUCAAGGAGCAGAGCGGCAUCGAGGCCGUGUUAAGUGACCACAACACACGUGCUAAGAUGGCAAAGCUUCACGCCGUGGCCCUCACGAUGUGGCUCUGGAUUGGACUGGCGAACGGCUACGUAGUCAAGGACGGCAACUGUACGCUCUCCACCAAAGGCCUUCCGGUGGUGGAAAAUUUUGAAGUGCAAAACUUUACCGGCAAGUGGUACGAGCUGGAGCGGUACGAACAGAACCACGAACGCGAUCUGGAGUGUGUGACCACCUCGUAUCGCAGCAGCGAGCCGGUCGGUAUGCUGGAGAUCCAAACCCGCGGCUACGAUCCAUCGAACGGAACCUUUGUCACCCUCACGAAUAUCGGCGCUUUCGAGGAACUGUCAAACUCGACCGGUAGCGUUGCGAAGCUGACGAUCAACGCCGGCAAAGCACUGCCUGUCGGUGCCGAGUACCGGGUCGUGGCCACGGACUACAGCAACUACACGAUCGUCUACGGGUGCCAACCGUUCCUGGGACCGGACCAAUCGGUCGAGGGCUACUGGCUGCUGUCGCGAACUCCACACCUCACCGACCAGCCGGAGGUGCUCGCAAGGGUAAACUAUCUGCGCUCGACCUUCUUCGUAGCGGGCCACAUACGUCGCACCAACCACUCCGAGGAACUGUACCUGCGGCAACGAACCGGACCUGCCGGCGAUACCGCAAAGCAUUAUUCUGCCACCACCGAUUACGGUCCCGUCCGAGGAGGACACCACAUCGUUAAACGCCGAAUAGAACGGCAGAACGGUGGCGGAACAGAGCGUAGCGUAGUGGUCGUGGUAUCAGCAGAUAAGUCGAAGCCGUGUGUAGCAAAUAAACGAACUCAGACGAAAGUGGCCGUCAGUCAGUCUGCUGUGGUGUGCGCUAGCGAUCAGAUCAUGCCGAUCAUGUCGAACCCCUGGGGUAAGGUUAUGUUAGUGGCCCUCAUAUCGGUGGCCCUUCCAUGCCACGGACAGCGGAUCGUGGAUCGACCUUGCGCCGAUCCGGCCAACCUUCCGAUCGUUCAAUACUUCGACUUGGAGCGAUACGUUGACGGGCGCUGGUACGAGAUCCUGCGCUACGAUCAGCACUUUGAGAAAGACUGUGACUGCGGGUACGCCACGUACACACCGCAGUCGGACGGCUCGGUGAAGGUCGAGAACUGCUGCGAGCGGCUGCCGAACACCACCGUGAAGUGUAGCGUCGGCCGGGCGGUGGUCAGCUUCCCGGACGAGUUUCCGGUGCAGGGAAAACUGAAUGUCACAUUCGGCGGACCCCCCAAAAACUCAAACUACUGGAUCCUGGAGACCGACUACGAUCACUUUGCGCUGAUCUACUACUGCAAGAACAUCUCCGAGCAGAAGUCGGCUGAAGCCGCCUGGGUGCUGUCGAAGCAGCGGACCAUCAGCCCGAACGUGAGCGAAACGGUCGAUAAGUUGAUCGAAAAGUUCUUCGUCCGGCAGGACAUGCGCGUCACCGAGCAGAGCCAAACGAAGUGCGAAUAUCGAUCCUAAGGCACGGUUGAUAGACACCCGAGGUACGCACCAAUCGACAAUUCAAGAGGGACUACUGUAAAAAUUAAUAAAAAUGCUCACAACCCCUUCUAACUACU